GUGGGCGCCUGCGUGCCCCUGAGCGGCUGGGAAGUGGCUUGCGGCGCGAAGCAAUGGCGGCUCAGGGCUUCUCCCCGGAGCGGCUGGAGCGCAAGUUGGCCAAAGCCGAGGCGCUACUGGUGGCGCAUGUGUCCCCGCAGGUCCGGGCCCGUUGGCGCUGGGCGGUGCAGCUGGACGGGCCGCCCGACCUGGAGCGCUUCUCCACGCAGCUCCGGGAGGCCCGGCGGGGCCGGGAGGCUCUGCUAGACCGGGACGGCGCGCUGACGGAGCCCGAGCAGGAGCGGCUGCAGGGCUUGCUGCGGCUAGAGAUGGCUCUCUUGCGCGGCAUCCAAGCGCUGGUCGAGCGGUCGGGCCCGGCUAGGGCGACGGCUACAGCUACGCCUGCGGUUACCGCUACGGCUACAUCGAGAGGGAGGCGCGGGAAGAAGCCCAACGUAUCUGCGCUAAGGGCGGCUCUGCUGGGACUGGUGGCGGAGCUGGAUGUAGCCAGGAGACAAAGCCUUUCCUGGGACGCCGCGCUCGGUCUGCAGCUGGCUUUGGAGGCGCUGUCGGAGAAGCGGCCGGCGGAGGCGAUCCGGGCACUGGAGCCGCUGCCGCGGGAGGAAGGGACCGCUGGGCCGAGAGGGCUGCUGGCUCUGAUCCAGGUCCUGCGGGAGGAAGGCUGGGCCGAGCGAGGGGCCGAGCUGCCCAUGGGGCACCUGCGCCCACUGCUGGAGAAGGGGCUGCGCUUGGUGCGCAAAGAGCUGCUGAGCUGGCGGGCGGCCGAUCUGGAGGGCGCCGAGUGGGCAGGAUCUCCCGAGAUGGUGGUGGUGAAAGAGGAGGAGGAGGAGGAAGAAGUGACUCUGCGUGGGACCCUGCCCAAAGUCCCUGGAUCCCUGGAGAUGGUGGUGGUGAAGGAGGAAGAGGAGGAAGAAAAAGUGACUCCGGAUGGGACCAUCCUCAAAGUCCCAGGAUGGCAGGAGAUGGUGGUGGUGAAGGAGGAAGAGGAGGAAGAAGAAGUGACUCCGGAUGGGACUGUCCUCAAAGUCCAAGGACUAAGACACAGGUCCCCCCAAAAGGCGAGUUUCCCCAAAGACCCCUCCCAGCAGCAUUUGAUGCCAAGAAAGAUGCCACCCGCUGACUUCAGGUCUUCCUUUGCAAAGGAGAUAGGUGGGUGGCAGGCGGAGAUGGACGUUUCCAGUUUGAAGGACAUCCCACAGAGAAGGAAGGACGUCGCGAGAGGCCCCGACCAGGCGCUUCUUGAAUCGGGAAAGAUGGUCGCCCCCGACUUGUGGCCUCCCCGUCCAAAGGAGGCGGCAUUUGGACAGUGGGCAGAGACUGAUGUCCACUUGAAGAAGGAUGCCACUGACUUCAGGUCUCCCUUUCCAAAGGAGACAGAUGGGCAGCAGGCAGAGAUGAACGCCCCCGGUUUGAAGAACGUUCCACGGACGAGGAAGGACAUUGUAAGAGGCCCCGUCCAGAUGCUUCUUGAAUCAGGAAAGACUGUCUCCCCCGACUUCUGGCCUCCCCAUCCAAAGGAGACAGCAUCGCAACAGCAGGCAGAGACAGCUGUCCGCUUUAAGAAGGGUGCCCCGUGGAAGAAAAUGGAGGACCUUCAGGAUGUCCUGCGAGUCAUUACCAGGAGGAAGAUGAGGACUCUGUCCUGCUCCUUGUGGUGGCAAGGGCCUCGGAAGAUGUGCAGCCGUCUCCACCAGCUUUGCCGCCAGUGGUUAAAGCCGGAAAUGAACACCAAGGUUCGGAUGCAGGACUUGGUGAUCCUGGACCAGUUCCUGUCCUUCUUGCCCCCAGAGAUGGCGAGAUGGAUCCGGGAGUGUGGAGCAGAGACCAGCUGCCAGGCGGUGGCCCUGGCCGAAGGCUUCCUGCUGAGCCAAGCAGAAGAGCAGAGGGAGCAGAGAGAGAUGCAGGGACUUCCAUUCCCGAGGACUGACUUGAAGUCCGUCAAUGAAAAUCUGGAGGAAAGGAGGGAUCCACCAGAGCCUUCCUGGGAUCUGCUCUUCAGGGAGAUCUUCCAUGAAGAUCAAAGAGAGUUGGCAUUCCUAGAUUCUUCUCUUUUUUCUGCUGGUGUUGAAAAAGCAGUUGAACAUCCGUCUCAGGUUCUCGUUUUUUUUAAAGAGGUGGCCGUGCAUUUUUCCGAGGAGGAGUGGUCUCGGCUAGAUCCUGAUCAAAAAUCUCUGUACCGAGAAAUCAUGCUGGAGAACGCCAGAAAUUUAGCCUUUCUAAGAAAUCACAUUCAAGAAAACAAGGAAGCCGUCCAAACAUUCGCAGAUGAAGAGAGGAGAGCAGAGUUGGCAAAUCCAACGGAUACAAAAGAGCACGAAAGAAAUCUGUCGGGAAACGACAGCAAGAGCAGUUCAAAUUCUCCCUCUCCUGAAAUUCAAGACUCUCUUCCCAAAGGAGAUCCGAAAGACAAAAUAAAAGUAGAAAGCGUAGAAAGCGUAGAAACCUCUGAAGAAGGCUUAGAUUUAUAUGAAGCAAACACAGUUCGCUCGAAAGAAGAGACUCUGGGCCAAGAGGAUGAAGAAAAUUACAGCAAUAGGACUACGAUCCUUUCUGAACGAGGGAAAACCGAUGUGAGAAAUAAAUUAUAUAAACAGAACGGAAAACCCUUCAAUGAGAGAGGUUCCCUUGCUCCUAGGGAACGGAUCAAUUCAGGGGAAAAGCCAUAUAAAUGCAUGGAAUGUGGAAAGAGUUUCAGCCAGCGCAGAUAUCUUACUUCCCAUAAAAUAAUCCACACGGGGCAGAAACCAUUUAAGUGCCCAGAUUGCGGGAAGAGCUUUAACCACAAGGCUAACCUUAAUUCCCAUAGAAUGAAUCACACAGGAGAGAAACCAUACAAAUGUAACGAGUGUGGAAAGAAUUUCACCCACAACUUUCAACUUACCUCCCAUAAGAGGAUACACACCGGGGAGAAACCGUACAAAUGCAUGGUGUGCGGAAAGCGUUUCAAUCAACGCAGUAACCUUAAUUCUCAUAAAAAAAUUCACACAGAAGAAAAACCACACAAGUGCACGGAGUGUGGAAAGGGAUUUACUCAGAAGGGUAACCUUAAAUCCCAUAAAAGGAUCCACGUUGGGGAGAAACCUCAUAAAUGCAAGAAGUGUGGAAAGGCAUUCCAUUUUCUGAACGGGCCAGAACCUGGUAGUGUGCUGCGGCCCAGGGAUGGGACCCCUGCCUUCACUCUCCCCAAAAUGAUCCAUAUUGGGGAGAAGCUGUGUAAAUUCUUGGAAUAUGGGAAGAAAAUCCACAAAACUCAUCAGUUCAGAGGUCCAGUGCUGGAGCUUUCGAAGGACGAGCAGGAGCGGCUGCAGGGGUUCCUGCAGCUGGAGAUGGCUCUCCUACGCGCCAUCCAAGCGUUGGGUCCGGCAGCAGCGCUGCGGGCGGCGCUACUGAAGGUGGCGGCGGGGCCGCUGGAGGGAUCCAAGGGGUCACGUUUGCCCGGGGACGCCGCGGUCGUCUUGCAGCUUGCCCUGGAGGCACUGCUGGAGAAGCGGCCGCGGGAAGCGCUCUGGGCGCUGGAGUGGAUGCUGCGGGAGGAAGGGCGAGCCCGGCCGUGGCGGCGGGUGCAAAACCUGAUCCAAGCCUUGAAGGAGGAACGCUGGGCCGAGCGAGGGGACGAGCUGCCUUUGCAGGAGCUGCGCCCGCUGCUGGAGAAGGCGCUGCGCCUGGCGCGCAAGGAGCGGGGCCGGCCUGCUGUGGAUCUGGAGGAAAAUCUCUUCCUAAAUAUCUCCCUGGAGGAGGCAGAGCGUCAUCAGGAGCCGCUUGAGUCAGGAAAGAAAGUGCAGUUGCAAAGACUCAACUUGAAGUCUGAGAAUCCAGAGGAAAGAAGGGAUUGGCCCGAUCAUUCCGGGGACCCGCUCUUCAGUGGGAUCUUCCAUGAAGAUCCAAGUCAGAGCACCUUAUCAGGGCAUGGAAAAUCUGCAUUCAUUGGUUCUUCUGUUUCUAGUGCAGUUGAAGAGCCACUUGAACACCGAACUCAGGUUCUUGUCUCUUUAGAGGAGGUGGCUGUGUGUUUCUCUGAGGAGGAAUGGUCUCGGUUAGAUCCUGCUCAGAAAGCCCUGUACAGAGACGUCAUGUUGGAAAACUCCAGAAAUGUGGCCUUUUUGGCUGCUCCUGCUUUCACUGAUCGGGCCCAGCUGUUCCCGGACCUUGCCCGCUUCCCUGCCAUCGCUGAAAUUGCUUACAGGACUCCAAGUCUUGAAUACCCAGAAAUGAGCGCAGCAAAAAAAGCAAAAACAGGUAGUGGAAGAUCAUUCCGAGGGGCCUGGACAGAGUCAUUUGGAAUGAUUGAACACAAUGGGAAAGCGUUAUGUACUUUGUGCAAAGAAAGUGUUGUGUGUCGUACAUCAAGUGUCAAGCGGCACUUUAACACCAACCACAAAAGUGUUGCCGAACUUGGUGCAACUGAAAGAAAAGAGUUUCUUGAAGGGAAAUUGAGGAACUAUCAUUCGCAGUCUCCUAGUUUUUCUGACUUUCUUUCUAAAAAAAAUCAUCUGACAGCUGCCAGUUUUCAAAUUUCACUGUGCAUAGCAAAACAUGGUAAGACCCUCUCUGAUGGAGAUAUUAUCAAGACGGCCAUGUUGUCUAAGUGUAAUUCCCUUUUUCAUGAUUUCCCAAACAGGGAUAAAAUUGUUAAACGCAUCUCUGAGGUGCCACUUAGCAGGAAUACUGUUAAAGAUCGAGUCCAGCGCAUGGCAAGUGAUGUUAGUCAGCAGCUCACCACUGACUUACAAAAGGCAGCCUGUUACUCCAUGUGCUUGGAUGAAAGUACAGAUGUAAAUAAUCAUGCAAGGCUAGUAAUAAUUUUGCGUUAUGCUGUUGGUGACAUCAUGAGAGAAGAGCUGGUGAAACUGGUGUCUUUGCCUGAAAGAACACAAGGGAUAGAUAUCUACAAAGCUGUGAUGGAGGCUUUUCUGUCACAAGGCAUAAGACCAGAAAAAGUGGUUUCAAUUACUAGUGAUGGGGCCCCUUCUAUGGUGGGGGCAACAUCUGGUUUCAUACAGUUGUUUGUUAAAGAAAUGAAGCAUAAAGUCAUUCAGUUCCAUUGUAUUAUACAUCAGGAAGCUCUUUGCGACAGGGAAAGCAGCAAAAGAAUUGACGAUGUCCUCAAAGAUGUCACAAAAAUGGUGAAUUAUAUCAUGUCUCAUGGUCUGAAUUUUCCACAGUUUCAAGUACUUCUUGAGGAGGUUCAGGCACAAUAUAAUGGUUUGUUUAUGCACAACAAUAUCCGGUGGCUGAGCAGAGGACGAGUCCUGGAGAGAUUUGUAGCCUGCUUGGAUGGAAUUAGGCUGUUUAUGAAUGAAAAAGGGCGGGAAUGUCCACAGCUCAUUGAUAUGGCCUGGCUUACCAACCUCAUGUUUUUUACAGAUUUUACAGUACACUUCCAUGUACUGAAUGAGCAACUACAAGGUGUAGGGAAAACAGCAGAAAGGAUGUUUUGUGAUAUCAAAACAUUUGAAAGAAAACUGCAGGUUUUUGAAAGAGACCUUGAAAGUGGGCAGCUGAAAUAUUUUCCAAAUCUAAAAAUAUAUUUAGAAAAUUCUACAACAUUUGCAGACAAUCCUACAAGCCAUCAGGAAAUCUACAAGGAAUUUUCUAGCAUUGUAGCAGCUGCAAAGGUGGGUUUUACUAACAGGUUUUUAGAGUUCCGUAAAAUGGAGACAACCCUGUGUUUUCUUACUUCUCCAGAUAAAGCCAAAUUUGAAGAACUUGAUCUUUCCUGCUUACACUGGUUAGAUUUAGAAAAUCUGGAAAUGGAGCUAUUGGAAUUUCAAGAGAGCUCUAUGUGGAAAAAUAAAUUCUGUGACCUGCGUGAAACACUUGAGAAGAUGGAAAGGAUGACACAGGACAGCAUAGUUACUUCUGACACAAUAAGACCCUACAAAGUGGUGAAACCAUAUAAAUGUCAAGUGCACAGGAAGAGCUUUGCCUGUAACUUUCAACUGAAUUCCCAUCAAAUGAUCCAUACAGGGGAGAAUGGAAAGAUAUUUAAAUUGAUCCAUGAGUUUUAUUCCCAUCAAAAGAGCCACAUCAGUAUGUACAAAUGUAUGAAAAAAGGUGCCACCCAGAGGGAGCGCAGGGUCGAGGUUAGGCAGGCGAUGGCGGCGCCGGGCAUCUCCCCGGAGCAGCUGGCCAGCAGGCUGGCCGAAGCGGAGGAGCUCCUGGCGGCGCGCGUCUCCGAGCCGGUCCAGGCCCGCUGGCGCUGGGCGGUGAAGCUGGAUGAGCCGCCGGACCUGGAGCGCUUCUGCGGGCAGCUGAGCCAAGCCCGGCGCGGCCGGGAGACUCUUCUUGCCCGGAACGCGGCGUUGUCGGAGGCUGAGCAAGAGCGGCUGCAGGGGCUGCUGCGGCUGGAGAUGGCUCUCUUGCGCGGCAUCCAAGCAAUGGCCGAGGCCGCGGAUCCGGCCCCUGCUACCACUGGACGGAGGCGCGGGAGGAAGCCCGGCGUGGUGGCGCUGCGGGCGGCUCUGCUGGGACUGGCGGCGGAGCUGGAGGCAAAGGAGGGACCGGGUCUGUCCGGGAACGCCGCGCUCGCUAUGCAGCUUGCCCUGGAGGCGCUGCUGGAAAAGCGGCCGGGAGAGGCUGUCCGAGCGCUACUGCGGGAAGAUGGGCGCGCCCGGCCGAAGCGGCUGCUGGCUCUCAUCCAAGCCCUGCAGGAGGAAGGCUGGGCCGAGCGAGGGGCCGAGCUGCCCCUGCAGGAGCUGCGCCCGCUGCUGGAGAAGACGCUGCGCCUAGUGCGCAGGGAGAGGAGUUGCCAGGACGCUGAUCUGGAGAGAGCUGUUUGGGCAGGCCCGCUGGAGGAGAAGGCUCCAAAUGGAACCUUGCCAGAAGUCUCCUUAGAGGGGUCAGGACUGGGGCACAGGUCCUCCCAAGAGUUCCCUGCAGAGAGCUCCCCAAAAGAUCCCCAACAGGGUCAUCUUGCACCAGGAAAGAUUAUGCUUGCUGACUUCAAGUCUCACCACCAUGGACUGCAGGUGGAGAUGGGUGCACCCUCUUUGAAGGAUGCUCCAGGGAGGAAAGCGGAAGACCUUCAGACUGCUCUCUGGGAAACGACCAGCAGGAAGAUGGGUGUGCUGCCAUCCGGCUUGUGGGACCAGGGCCCCCGGGAGAUGUGCAGCCAUCUCCACCAGCUUUGCCGACAGUGGCUUCAACCCGAAAAGAACACAAAGGGACAGAUGCUGGACCUGGUGAUCCUGGAGCAAUUCCUGGCUAUCCUGCCUUCAGAGAUGGAGAGCUGGGUGCGCGAGUGUGAAGCAGAGACCAGUUCCCAGGCGGUGGCCUUGGCUGAAGCUUUCCUCCUAAGCCAGAUGGAGGAAAAGAAGGAAAAGGCAGAAGGUCAGGCCCUUCAUUUCCUGAGGCCUGACUUGAAGUCCAUCUCUGUGAACCCCGAGGGAAAGAGGGAUAUUCCAGAUCUUUCCCAGGAGCUGGUCUUCAGUGCAAUCUUCCAUGAAGAUCAAAGUCAAGACACCUCCUGUGAGAAUGGAAAGUCCGCAUUCAUAGGUUCUUCUCCUUUUUCUGAUGGAGUUGAAAAAACAGUUGAAGCUCCAACUCAGAUUCUUGUCUCUUUAGAGGAGGUGGCUGUGUGUUUCUCUGAGGAGGAAUGGUCUCGGCUAGAUCCUGUUCAGAAAGACCUGCACAGAGAAGUCAUGCUGGAGAACUCCAGAAAUGUGGCCUUUUUGGGAAAUAAUCUUCAAGAGAACAAGGAAGCUGUCCAAAUGUUCAGAGAUGAAGAGAGAAGAAAGACGUUUUCAUACCCAAUGAAAACAACAGAAAAUGAAAGAAAUCUGUCAAACAAUGGGAGUAAAAGGAGCCCAACCAUUGAAAUUCAAGACUUUCUUCUCAAAGGAGAUCAGAAAGAAAAUCUAAAAGUGGAGAAUGUGGAGCCAUUUGAAAACUUAGAUCUAUAUGAACAUUACACAAUUCACAUUAAAGAUCUAGGCCAAGAGGUUGAAAAAAGCUACAAUUGGACUUCUAACAUUUCUUUAUGUGGAGAAGCCAAAAUGAGAAAUAAAGGAUAUAAAAGUACAGAGAAUGGAAAGCAUUUAAGUGGGAGCAGUUCUCUUGUUCCCAGUGAAAGGACUGACUCGGGGGGAAAACCAUAUAAAUGCAUGGAAUGUGGAAAGAGUUUCAGCCAGCGUGGUAAUCUCAAUUCCCAUAAAAAAAUCCACACAGAGGAGAAACCUUAUAAAUGUGACGAGUGUGGAAAGAGCUUUACUCAGAAGGUUAAUCUUAAUUCCCAUAAAAUGAUUCACACAGGGGAGAAACCAUAUAAGUGUGAAGAGUGUGGAAAGAGCUUUACCCAAAAUAUUCAAUUGACUUCACAUCAGAGAAUCCAUACAGGGGAAAAGCCAUAUACAUGCAUGGAGUGUGGGAAAACCUUCAGGUGGAGCACUCAACUUACUUCCCAUCAAAGGAUCCACACAGGAGAAAGACCAUAUAAAUGUAUGGAGUGUGGGAAGACCUUCAGUGAGAGCAGUUCCCUUACUUUCCAUAAGAGGAUCCACACAGGGGAGAAACCAUAUAACUGCAUGGAAUGUGGAAAGAGCUUCAGCAUGAGCAGUUCACUUACCUACCAUAAAAGGAUCCACACAGGGGAAAAGCCAUAUAAGUGCUUGGAGUGUGGAAAAAGCUUUACACAGAACAUUCAACUUACUUCACAUAAAAUGAUCCAUACAGGGGAGAAGCCAUACAAAUGCACAGAGUGUGGCAAAAGCUUCAAUACAACCAGCAACCUUGCUUGUCACAAAAGAAUCCACACUGGGGAGAAACCAUACAAAUGUAUACAGUGUGGAAAGAGUUUUACUCAAAAUAUUCAACUGACUUCUCAUGUAAGGAUUCACACAGGGGAAAAACCAUAUGAAUGUAAAGAGUGUGGAAAGAGCUUUACUCAAAAGAUUCAGCUUACCUCUCAUAAAAGGAUCCACACAGGAGAGAAACCAUAUAAGUGCAGGAGAUGUGGAAAGAGUUUCCGUAAUAAUGGGUCCCUUACUCUUCAUGAAAGGAUCCACACUGGAGAGAAACCAUAUACAUGCAUAGUAUGUGGAAAGAGCUUCAGCCGGGGCAGUCAUUUUGCUUCCCAUAAAACAAUCCACACAGGAGAAAAGCCACAUAAAUGCCUUGAGUGUGGAAAAAGUUUCCGUGAAAACACUUCUCUUACUAUUCAUAAAAGAAUCCACACUGGGGAGAAGCCGUAUAAAUGCUUGGAAUGUGGAAAGAGGUUCCGUGAAAAUGGUUCAUUUACCUCUCAUAAAAGAAUCCACACAGGGGAGAGGCCAUAUAAAUGCAUGGAGUGUGGAAAGAGCUUCACAACGAGCAGUAAUCUUACAUCCCAUAUGAGGAUCCAUUUAGUAAAAGACAUGCAGGAGAAUGAAAACAAAAGGAAGUCAAGCAUGUUGACAUCACGAAUAAUGAAACAUGAAAUGAGAGAAGAGAGAUUUGGAAAUCAUGGGGAAUCAAAAUAAAGAAAAUGCAAAUAAGGGAUACCUUUCAAAGAACAUUGGCAGAAGUUCUUCAUGUCUGAAGAUAUGGCCCAGAUGUGGCUACUGAUCUGAUACAAUCACAGAAGAACAAGAAGAGAACUGCCUUUUGUAGUUAUUUUUGUGUGGAACAAAAAUCAAAGAGAAAUUAGAAUCAGAGAGUGGAACUGAGGCAACUACAAUGAACAGAUAGUAGGGAACAAUUUUAGUCAACAAUUCCUUUUUUAUUUUUUGUCCCAAGAAUCCAUCUGGAGAGAAACCAAAUAUAUGUUUGGAGUGUGGAAAUUUGCUUCAGGAAGAAUUUAUAGAAUUCCGAUGUCUUAUAUGCAUGUGCAAAAUACCUUUUUUUUUUGAGCAGCCAGCAGGGCCAUUUCUGCCUUUCUGUACUAUGAUCAGAGCCAGAACAAAAUCUACAUUUUAAAAUAACAUUAAAAUAGUUACAGAAACUUGUUGGGAUUAAUUUUUGAUCAGGGCUUAAUUAUUAUCUCUCAUUUUAGCCACAUUGGAAACCGAGAUGUGACAAAUACUGUAAAUAAAUAAAAUAAAUAUUUUUUGGAAAGCCA